AUGUUUGUUUGUAGCGAAUAUCCAGAAACCAGCUCAGGUGAGUAAGGCAUUGUGAUAGGGUUAAUUGUGGUCAGAAAGUUUAUAGAAUUGUCUCCUCGUUAUACGUUUGGUCACCUUGAUCGUUCUAUGAAGUUCUUGAUCAAGUAUUACUUUUGGUUUAAAAAAGGCUUACCUAUGUUUAACUUCAACUUUUUAAAAUUUUUUUACGAAUUUAUCGACCAACAACAUUAAACUAUAAAAAAUAAACUAUAAAACAUCGGCUUUACUAGCUAGUUCAUCUUCCACCGUCUAUUACACCAAUCUACUACAAUAUUCACAGCUCCGUGGAGCUAUUGUCCUAUUCACACUAACACCCGCGUCUUGAAUCUUAACCCCAUUCGCACCUGGAGAUUGUUCCAAUAGAUAGUUACAGCUUCCAGCGAGGAAGACCAGGACCCACAAGCCACGCCAGAUAAGCAUCGGUAUCUGCUGAAACGCCGUUCCACUGUGCAUUCGGUCUUCCCCUUCACCCAGAACGACGCCUUUGCCCGAGAUCAUUCGGCCGACCGGCGAGAGGAGAGCUGUGCCCAGUUCCUAGAUAUGCAGUAAGUCCUGUAUUGUAUUGUGAUGUGUCAUGUUGGUAUUGACAUAGGAAGAUUGAUAAAGCGUUUGUUUGCUACAAUGACCUUUUUGGAAUUACUGUAACUUUCGAUCACCAUAAGCUUAAAAGUGAUCGUUUUUAUCUUAAAUUCCUUCAAAAAAUUAUGUUUUUAAAAACUACAAUAGUAUCCUAUACGUAAUGUAUUCCUAUAUAGCUUAAUCUUGUAGAUAUGUACCCUCAUCGUCGCCAGACUCUGGUAACGUCGAAUUGGAUGAAAUAGACUCAGCAUCGUCAGCUGACAUUCGUCUGAAGCCCUGCAACUCCAGAUGGAAGAAUACCAAGAGUUCGUUGGAUGAGAUAUGGAGUGAGUUCGUCGAUGGCCUAAAAGACAACAGAGACAACUACAACAACACAUAUUUGGUCGACCAGGGUAAACUGAGUGCCUCUGUGUUGGGAAGAGAUAUUCAAAGAUGUUGUAAGUAAAUUUAUGUCACAACUAUUACCUAAAUUAUUAAAAAUUGAGUUUUUGAUUAAAAAUGUCUAUAAUUUUUCAUAAAAUAUCAAAGAUCAUGCCAUUUCUAGUAAAUGUGAUUAAGUAAAGUGAUGUAAAAGUGCUUUGGCGCUAUCUUUACUUCGUUUUUGACCAUUUUUCAAUAGAGAAAAGCCACCAUUAGUCAUGUUGUUGUAACAAUUGUGGACACUUAAUGUUUACACUGUAACUUGUCUUUGCAGUAGUCGAAAGUCACUUUUACCUUGAGUUUGGAGCCGGCCUCUGGGACAUUUGUACGUGGAAGACGCCGCUGGCCUCACUAUGCUUGUUUGUGGUAUACAUGAACUGUGUGUACAAGGAGAUGCUCAUACCUGUCAUCUACUGCCUCCUCCUGCUACAACUCGGCAUCAACUAUCUUCAAACACAAAAGUAAUUCAAUUUUAUAUACCAACAAUGUAGUUUAAUAUAGGAGACAUGAAUAAGAUAGGAUACAUUGCCAAAAGUGUCUUUACUGUACCGUAUUAUAUCAAAACUAAAAGCUAAAUUACUUCCAGCUUUUAAAAAUAAAGAUACUGUAACAUACUUUUAAUACGGAAAACAGAAGUCACUGUAAAACGUCGUAUAAUCAACGUUUUACCAAGUAAUUGAUAUAAUACUUGUUGUUUUCUUGACCGUCGCAUGUACGACUAGCUUUACUACGCUACUUUAAUUUGUUUUCCAAUCGAAAAGCUGUCAAAUUGUUUUCGAAACGAUCUGUUUUAAUCUGUAAAAGGGCAGUUGUCUGAUUUUGUUAAUCCUAAGAUGGUUAACAUACCGACGCCAUCUCUUACUUUUACCGCGAUCGCAGUUAAAAAUAUAUCAAGCCUAAUUUUUAAUUGUUAAAUUUAAAGGUUAAGCUUUAAAGUAGAGCCAAAAUGCUAAAGAUUAUAUUAUAUCAGCUAAGAAAAAGUAAAAAUACCAAAAAUUACAGAAAUAUUGACAUUGGCCUCAACUUUCUGCCCAAAAGGACAGUGCCAUUACCUAAAUUUGACCUUAAUGGAGCGCAAUUGAUAUUCUACGUGGCCAAGAAAGCCCAAUUACUACUCACUUUUUGUGCUGAUGGUUUGGAAAAGUUACGAGCGUAAGUAUUACCAUCUAUUAUAUUAUACUUGGUCCCCUUGUUUUAGAUGUCUUAACAUUAUCAUAAAAAUGGUUGUUCAAGAACCUAAAUUUAUUUUUCUUUCAAUGUAAUAUACUUUUGAAGACUAUCUUCAAAGCUUAAAACUUUGUUAACAAAGCGAUCUUCUGACCUUCAGACCUUGUGGAUGUCUUUGUUUAAACUAUUGUUUUUGUUUUAGAUUAUUUAUGUGGAAGAAGCCCGAGGUUACGGUGAAAUUCGUCCUGAUAUUAUCGUUCUUCUUCUGGUUACAUGUUUUGACAUCGCUGAAUACAUUUUUGAUUGUAAUCGGUAGGUUUUGCUCGUUAUUCUUUCGAAAUACAAGAUAAAACAAUGUUUUUGUGUUUACGGUCAUAAGGGUAGACUAAUAUUUACAAAACUGAGACAGUAGACAGAUGCGAUCCCUCACCUGCUUUAUCAGAAAAAUCUAAAAAGGUGAUAACGACAAAUGUAGUAGCUAACAUAAUAUAACUAUUUUAAUAAAAAUAUUGUUUUAGGCUGGCUAUGUGGCGGAAAAGCCUUCAUGAUGACAUAUCUUUAUUACCGCUUCCCUCGCUUACGACAGAUGUUCGACAUUGCCUUCUAUUUCUACCGCCAUCUACCUAAAUCACCGCAUAAAUUAACCAAAAUGGAGAAGAAACCUGGCUCAUUAAGGAGAAGAAGCGAGACCAUCUCAGAGAUCACUACUGAACACUCCAGCAAGGUAAGACACCAUCAGAUACGAAGCCUUUCAGCUUUUCAGUAGCAAUGCGUUGCAAAAAAUGUAAAAGAUCAACAAAAAUAAUACUUUUUUGGGACAAGUUUCUCAUUGAAUGCCGAAAGUUGAGUCAACUUUUUCUAUCAUUCAAUAAUAGAUAACGUAAAUUUGUUGUAAAAUUAUCUUGUUUCAGUGGAAGACUCGUUUACUACGGAACAACUCGAAUGUCACAAAUGUGACGGUAAAGACUUGUAACACAAGUCGACAAGGAUCGUUCGACAAUUCAUCUGAAUCCUUCUGUUCCUCAUCGUUGUCUGCUGAAAGGAGUCGAGAUGAUGUGCUGUUUGAACUUCGUAUGUCUUUAUUUUAAUAGUUUAUAAUAUCCAUUUUAUUUUUGCUGGAAUCUGUAAGAUACGGUGCUAAAGUUCUGGGAUAAUAUUAUAGGAAAAUUAUUACGUUGUAUAUUUUUGUCAAAAUUAAAAUCUAGGACGAUAUGCCUAGUUUAUGGCUUGGUUUCUAUACUAUAUUGCUUUUACAGGUCGGCCUUGUUCUUUGAUCGACAAAAAUCAGAUAUUCCCUAAGGGUUUUACUCAAGGAGAACUUAUCCUGAAUGAUUCGUAAGUUGUUUUUACUUUCUAUGUCUUAUAUUAUUGUUCUUUGAAAACCCUUUGUUAUAUUUAUGUCGAAAUAUGUGUAGGUACUGUUUUUGGAAUAAUUUUAACAAUACCUCUUUAAAUACGUUUUGUCCUAAAAUACCUUUUUCUCAAAGAAAAUAGAAUAAUAUGUAUGUUUUGUGUAUAUAGUUGUGUUUUGUCUUUAUAAACUACAUCGUUAUUAUGAAAUACUUUACUUUGUACGUUGAAUACAUCUUCGUAUGCUUUGUAUGUUGAAAUAGGCAUUGUAAGCAAAUUGAGUUUUUAAUGUUUGUGCUGUCAAUAAACGAACGGUUAAUUAUGUCUUUGCAGGAUGUUGAUGUUCACCUACAAGAGCUCCAAGACUGACUUGGUGGAGACGAUUGAAAUGCCUUUUGAACAGUUUGUUAAGAUCAAAAAGGUAAACAACAGUUUCCCAUUUAGAAAGUCUAGCAAUUUACAGUAGAAGAACUGUAAAUUGUAGAUAAGAUAAUAUUGAAAAGGGAAAAUAGAGUAGCAUGGCAGUUUAAUUGCUAUUAGUCUUUUAAUUGUUAAAAUUUACUUUGAUAUCCAUAUUAACAUGUACAUAUUUUAGAUUCGUGUUCUCAAAACGAUAGGAAAACUGAUCCCCGGAGGCAGUAAAGGCAUCGAAAUCUCGUUGAAAUCGAAGCCGAAGCCAUUUCGAUUCAUUCGAAUUCGGAAGUGUGACGAGUUUUUCGAGUGUCUACAACAAACUGCGCAUGUUUACAAUGUGGAUGUGUCUACAGAGCAGUAG